GGCCGCGGGCUCGGCCGCUCGGCGCUCACUCGGACUCUCGGCGCUCGCUCGCUCGGGUCUGGCGUGGCCGGCGGCAUGGAGGGAGCCGCGGCCGGCGAGGUGUCGCUGCACAACUUCAGCGCGCGGCUGUGGGAGCAGCUCGUGCACUUCCACGUCAUGCGGCUGACCGACUCGCUUUUCCUGUGGGUGGGCGCCGCGCCGCACCUGCGCAACCUCGCCGUGGCCAUGUGUAGCCGCUACGACUCCAUCCCCGUGUCUACCUCCCUGCUCGGAGACGCUUCCGACACGAGUUCCACCGGCCUUGCCCAGCGCCUAGCCAGGAAGACCAACAAACAGGUGUUUGUCAGCUAUAACCUUCAGAACACAGACAGUAACUUCGCGUUGCUUGUGGAGAACAGGAUCAAGGAGGAGAUGGAGGCCUUCCCGGAGAAGUUCUAGCUCCACAGCCGGAGCUCA